AUGCCAAUGAUUUAUCGUCGCAAUCGAGGUCUCUCACCUACGCGAGAUUGUGAUGAUGGUACGCGUGGCAUUACGUCGAUGACUCUCGAUACAAAUGCUUCAUUUUUUAAUGAUUCCCAGCGCUGGUGGACAGGACGUAGUGUGGUCGUCGCGUCUCGAAAAGUGUACCAGAUUCUGUUGCUUGCUGCUCUCGUAUAUAUGUUUCUCGGUCUGCCUGUCCUAGGUCGUGUACUAAAUUUUGCACGAUUUGUUCAUCGUUUUCCACCAUUAAAAAUUGUACAAGGACUUGUGGUAGGAUUGAUGCAGGAUGUGGCAAUUUUUUUACAGGCUUCAACUUGUAUUUGCCUAGUUAAACUCCUGUUUGAUUCGGAGAAUUUGACACAACAAGGGGGUUUAGCAGGAAAUAAUGGUCGAAAUGUCUCGUCUCGUGGCUUUUUACGUGAUCGAAGUGGUCCACCACGGUUUCUACCAGUAUAUAUGCCGGUUUUACCAACUGAAUAUGAUCUUCGGGAUGAAAAUAUGGAAGCACUUGCAUCUGGUGUCACAACAAACCACCGAACAUUACUAAGUUUAGGAACAAGUAAUCGUCCGGUACUUGUGGUUCGAGUCAAACGAAUGGUACAUUCUAUUGUCAUCUUGACACUUUUUUACUUGAUUUUACUUCUUGCAACUAUUGCAAGUGUUGCUGAUUUUUGUCUUCAAGUUUCAAUGCAUCCACGUUUAAAUCGUGCAUUUGUGGAAUUAUUUUUCAAUUAUGCAAAACAAUUUACGGCAUCAUUAACUGACGAAGAAGUUAUGACACGAACAAUUCUUGGAUCUUGGGUCAUUUAUUUUGUAAUAAUUACUUUACUUACGAUUGGAAUUUAUACAGAACAUUUACCAUUAACGUUUAAUUUCUUACAAUUACCCACUCGAGUUUGGAAUUGUUUCUUUCAUCGAGUUCAUACAAGAAAAGAUUCAAGUGUUUCAUCUUCUUAUGUUUCGAAUUUAUUUGCUUCGUAUUGGUAUCGUUCACGAAUCAAACGACAACAAAAUAUCUCAAGUAAUCAUCAAAUCUCCAAUAGUUUGAGAUGUUCAUCAAGUUCUCAAGUAUAUUUGAAAUCUGGACCAUUGACACUUCUAAGUCGAUGUAUUAUUGUGACAUUAGGAGCUACAGUGUUUGCUCUCGUAGCUUCAAUUUUCUUAUAUACGGAAUGUGGUGUCGAUAUGAAACUUUUGAAUAAUGCGAUGUUUACACUUCAAACAGAGCAAUUUUUUUAUCAUACGACGACAAUUCAUCGAGAAGAAUUAAAUUGUACAGCAGCAAGUCAAACAUUAUUGUCAACAUUAAGUGAUUUUGAAACAUAUGAAGUGGAGAAACUUGGCAAUGAUGAUCAUUGUGCAUUAUUAUGGAGAAAAACAAUUGGAUAUCAAGGUGAUUCAAUCUUUGAAUUGAAUUUAACUAGAAAUUCGACUCAAAAUGAACAACAAAAUGUUUCAAAUGACAAUGUACAAGUUCAACCCAAUAUUAUUGUGAUUAAUUUAGAAUCAUGGAGACAUUUAGAUGUUGGUGUUCUUGGUGGUGCUACAAAAAAAGCAAAAUCUGGAAAGAGUGCAACUCCUCGCUUUGAUGAACUUGCAAAGACUGGUGUACUGUACACAAAACAUUAUACUCCAUGUGUUCAAACUUCACGUACUUUAUUAACAACAUUGUUUGGGAUGAUUCCAUCAUGUACUGAAACAACUGCAUUAAAAGAAUAUAGUACGACAUUGAAUUUACGUGGAUUACCCCAUUUCUUAAAACAACGAGGAUAUUAUAAUCUUUUCUGGAGUGCAGUGGAUUUAACAUGGGAAUAUUGGGAUAAAUUCUUAGUAAAGAAUGAAUUUGAUAAAUUGGUUGAUGAACGAAAAAUACGCAAAAUGUUACAUGAAACUCGAAAUUACAAGAAUAGUCCGGAUGAUUUUUUUUCAUGGGGAAUGCAUGAUCAUUUAUCGUUUGAAAUGUUAUUAUUUGCUAUUGAAUCAGCUCAUAAUACAAGUGACAAUAUUACAAAUAUCGAAAAUAUGAAUUCGAUGGAUGAUAUUGAUAUUGUGACGAAUAUUACAAAGUUUGAUGUGACACAAGUACAUGACAAACAACAUGAUGAUAGUAUCAGAAAUACAUCAAGAUUGAAUGAUACAACGAUGAAAAUAUCACUUUCUGGAUGGGAAGGUCUUCGUGAACCAUAUUUUAUUGAUAUGUAUACAAUCACGAGUCAUAAUCCAUGGCGAAUUCCAAAGUUUUAUACUUUACCUGAUUUGUCAGAAUUGUAUUCACCUUAUAACAAAAAAUACUUGAAUGCAAUGUAUUUUACAGAUGAAAUGCUUGGAGAUUUUAUUACUUCAUUACGUACUAAAGGAUUAAUGAAGAAUACAAUUAUUGUGAUUCAAGGUGAUCAUGGAUAUGGUCGUUUAGAACAUGAUAAUAAUCCAUCUACUGCUGAUUCAGGAGUAUGGGAUGAAGCGUCUCGUGUACCAUUUUUAUUGCUUGCAGAUGAUUUUCUUCGAGAUGAAGAUAAAGGAAAAGUUGUUACUCAAUUAACAAUGCAGUCAGAUCUGAUGGCAACAAUAGCUGAUAUCUUAGGAGUAACAUCUGAGAAACCAUUGUAUCAACAUGGAUAUGGACAUUCAAUGAAACGACAUCAUACAUUUAUGAAAGUAAAUGAUGAUCAAGAUAUAGAGAAGAAAGUUGAAAGUUUAAGAGAUGAAGGUGAUCAAGAACGACGUGUGAUUUUAUGUAAUCCAUUUAAUGGGAUGAGUAAAGGUGUACGUACGGAAGAAUAUAAGUAUAUUUUUCAUCCAGAUGGAUCGUAUAAUGUCUUUGAACCAUUUCUUGACUCUGGGGAGAAGAAACCAUUACGAGCUGGUUUUGAUAUUGAAGAAAUGGAUGAUGAUACACGUGAUAUGUUUGAUUAUGUGACGAAAGCAGUGGAUUUGAAUCAAUUUCUCUUUGAAGCCAAUCGAUUUAUGACACCACUACCAUUGAAUCGAAAUUUUGCUACAGAAUCUCAAGUACAAAAUGUCACGACGGAAGAAACAGUAGAAUUUAAACAGAUUCGUGGCUUACCAGCACCCGUGAAUGACUAG